UCUGAGCAGAGAGUUAACCGUAGUUAGUUGAAACGUGUUUACUUGUUCCUGAAUUACAAUGAUUGUGGCAUUCAGACUGAUUAUCUGAUAAUGUCAAUAGGGGCUGGAUCCACCUUUUAGUUUUUUUAUUUCACAUAUUUCAACUGAGUUUUUACAUCCAUUAUCAGCAGGUUGCUUUCAGUUUUCCUACGUGUUAAAUUAGAAGUGUAUUGUUUUCUAAUAGUUUUGUUUUUCCUGCACAGAGGAUGUGGUUAUCAGUGUGUUUUUCCUGUAGCUUGUAAAGCAGGUUGUGUUUGAGGGUCAGUGUAGAUGUAAGAGGGGAGAACUAAUGUGAAGAUCCAACGUAGCCUGAAAAAGUUCUCUACUUUUUCUACUGAUUUUUUUUUACUACGCACUGAGGAGGACGCUGGGUCGGUGGAUUUAUUUUUCCACCCUGGAUUUGACACAUUGAGCCAUGCUGCUGUUGCUGCUGAUGAUCUGUCUUCAAACUUCACUGCAACAAGAACCGACGCCUCCUCCUGGGCGCUGUGAUGUCUCUCAGAGGGAGGACAUCAGCACCUCCUGCACCUCCUGCGCCGCUGUCUCCACCAGCAGCUGCCCCCACGGCUUCAGCAAAGUGGGGACCAUAAACUGCAGUUAUGUGGUGGAGAUCGGGGGCAGGGAGCGGCUGCUGGAUGGAUGUCAGCACAACUGUGUGAAAGCAUACAUGCAGCCACGAUGCUGCCCACAGCACUGGGGACCCCUAUGUCUAUCUUGUCCCAGAUGGUCGGGGAAGACCUGUAACUACCAUGGAACCUGUCUGGACGGAGACGUGGGAAACGGGACAUGCGUCUGUGAUGAAGGCUUCUCUGGUUUUGCCUGCCAAGAGUGUAAGAGUCCAAACUACUAUGGAGAAAAUUGUGAUAAAAAGUGUGACUGUGAACAUGGAGUGUGUAAUGAAGGUCCAGAGGGUGAUGGGCAGUGUUUCUGUCAGCCGCCCUACACUGGGAAGCGCUGCGACCAAGUGAGUUCCAGGUGCAGUACUUGCAGUCCGUACUCGUACUGUAAAGGUGAAGGAGACGCCGCCGACUGCGAUUGUUUGCCCGGACACAGGAGGAUGCUACAGGGAAGAUGCGCAACUAUUUGCUCUCUGAGGGACUGUGACGUCAAUGCCCAGUGCUCCUCACAGGGGUCAAAGGUCAGCUGCGCCUGUAAGCCGGACUACCUGGGCAAUGGCAAGAUCUGUGUACCCAGAAACCCUUGCUCCGAGAACAACGGAGGUUGUCCCACCAACUCCACCAUCUGUGUCUUCAAAGGACCCAACAAGUCCAGCUGUGAGUGUAUGUUCGGCAUGUCGCCUGUAGGAGGAAACGCUGAGUUUGGUUGUCAGCUGGUCUCUGCCUGCUCAGCCAACACCUGUGACCCCACUGCUGUCUGUCAAACUGAAGUGGAUGGACAACCAAAGUGUGUGUGUGAUGCGGAUCAGAUUGGCGACGGAAGGCGUUGCUAUGGUAACCUGAUGGAGCGACUGAUAGAGCUGGACAGGACUGGGAGUCAGAGAGAAAAUCUGACCGGAGCUGUCGCCAUGUUCGAAAAGGGCUGUUCGUCGCAGCUGAGUCACGGUGGACCCUUCACAGCUUUCAUCCCACUGCUGAAAACACCUCUGACUGGCGUUAACGAGGAGCUGGUGUGUAUGAACCACCUGAUCCUGGGUCAGCACCUCUACAAGGAGCUGCAGGGAUGGGACUUCAACAUGUUAAGAGGAGCCAAGCUGAGGAGCAAAGACAACAAGAAGUUCAUCCUGAUGGACAACCCCAGCAAACUGUACACCAUCAUCCAGGAAGACCUGCCAGCAGCCAACGGGAUCAUACACAUCAUCGACCAGCCAAUCUCUAACACUCUCUCUGACUGGUCCCUUCGUGAUGAAAAGUUUGCUGAUAAGACGAUCGGAGAGAUUUUGACAAAGGAUGACAAAUACAACCGCUUCCUGUCUCUGGUUGAUAACUGUGGGUCACCACCACCCUUGCGGGGUCCGGGACCUCUCACCGUGUUCGUCCCUUCAAACGGCGCUGUGGACAAAUCCAGAGACGGCAGCAUCUUGUACAUGCUGAACUCAGCCAAACAUAAACUGCAGGAACUUCUCAGGCACCAUGUUUUCUCCAGGGCCGGGCUGACAGUCGACGAGUUGGCUACUCUCCCUCAGAUUCAGACGAUGGCCAACCAGAUUGUCACCAUCACUGUGUCGGAAGACGGUGCGAUCCUUCUGGGUGAGAAGGGCGUCCGUCUAGUGAGCACCAAUAUCGUGGCGUCCAACGGGAUCAUCCAUUUGAUUGACGGGCUUCUCUUCCCUCCCUCCAUCCUCCCCAUCCUGCCUCACCGCUGUGAUGUCACUGAGAACAAGAUCACUGUGGGUCCAUGUGUUCACUGCAGUUACCUCUAUGGGACCGACUGUCCAGAAGGCUCUACUGAAUUGGACUCUCAUCAGACCGGCUGUAAUUACAUCGAGUCUCCCCUCAACCCCAAACUCAAUUCAGGAUGUGCUAAAUACUGCAACGCCACCAAAACGGUAGCACAGUGUUGUAAAGGUUUUUAUGGCCCGGACUGUAAAGCAUGUAUUGGAGGAUUCGAGCACCCUUGCUAUGACAAAGGAACGUGUUUUGACGGUAUCCAAGGCAACGGGUCGUGCAGCUGUCAGUCAGGCUUCAAAGGUGUCGCCUGUCACAUCUGUGCAGAUCCGUCAAAGCACGGAGAUAAAUGUGACGAAGAGUGUCACUGUGUCCACGGUGCGUGUGAUAACCGCCCGGGCAGUGCUGGUGUGUGUCGGAGAGGAUCCUGCCUGGAGGGAUAUUCAGGAGAGAACUGUGACAGGAGGGCCACGCCCUGCAACUCUGACGGCCUGCAUGAACACUGCCACAUCCACGCAUACUGCACACACACGGGACUGCAGACCAAGUGUUGGUGUCAGAAUGGAUAUGAGGGUGACGGUCACUCCUGUUCUCCCAUCAACCCCUGCCUGCAGAGCACCAGAGGAGGCUGCGACACCAACGCCGGGUGUGUGUAUGCAAGUCCAGGUAAUGCAUCAUGUGUGUGUGCUGAGGGGUGGACGGGUGAUGGCAGAGUGUGUGUGGAGAUCAACAACUGUCAGCUGGAGAGUCGAGGAGGCUGCAGCCCCAACGCCGACUGCAGCCACAUCGGACCUGGACAGAGUGAGUGUGUUUGUAGCACUGGCUACAUGGGGAACGGUAUCAAGUGUGACCUCAUUAACCCGUGCCUCAGGAAAAACGGAGGCUGCCAUGACCUGGCAAAGUGUGAGCUCUCUACAGGGGGAACACACACCUGUACCUGUGUUGAUGGAUAUACUGGAGAUGGAACCGUCUGCUACGGGACGAUACUGGAUGAGAUUGAAAUGAACCCAAAGAUGUACCGUUUCAACCAACUGAUUCAGAGAUACAGGCACUCCUCUAAGGACCUGAGUGGGAACAUCACACUGUUGGUUCCAUCCAGGGAAAUUUUGGUUAACAUGACUUCCGCUCAGACACUUUCCUUGACCAGUCGACACCGCCUGCCUCACUUCAUACGGGCCCACAUCCUACUUGGGAUUUACUCUUUAGAAGAUCUGGAAAAACGGGUGGGCAGCAGGCUUCCAACCAUGAAUCCCCCCACCUUCUGGGAGAUCAGCAACAGCAGCGGGGUGAUUACUAUUGGAAAUGCCUUCAUCGUCAAAGCCAACCUGCCUGCAAUCAAUGGCUACAUCCACACCAUUAACCAGAUUCUGGCUCCCAGCCCCUCAGACCUCCCCCCCGAGCCGCCCACCCUGAUGGCCUUCCUGAACUCCUCCUCCACUUUCACUCUGUUCAGACAGUAUGCUGUGAUGUACAAUCUGUCAGAAGAGCUGAGUGAGUUUUCUUUCACCCUCCUGCUGCCCACAGAUGAUGCCGUCAGGCAGCACCUCAGCGCGACUAACUCCUCGCUCAUGGAAUCUGAUGUAUUUAAGUACCAUGUGAUUCUCAAUGAGCUGCUCUUCCCUGACCAUCUGCAUGACGGUUUAUUAAAAAGUACCCUGAUGGGCAGCGACUACCAGGUCCAGUUCCACUUAGACAAGAACAACCAGACGGUUGUGAACGACGUUCCCCUUGAUGGAAUGUUUAAUGAGACGCAGAAUGGCAUCAUCUUCGUCCUCCCUCAGGUCCUCAAAGUCCACCGCAACAGAUGCAGCAAGAAGGUCUACCUGCAGAACAACGGAAGAUGCACCGACUGUGAAGGACCACCUCGAUGCCUCUUCACCUACAAACCAAUCAAAGAGCAGUUUCCUGUCAACAUGCGACCCAACUGUAGAUACAGGAAGCGAGUCGGAUCCAAGAGGAAGUCGGUGCCAGGCUGUGUCAUCAAAUGUCUUCGGGCAACCACGGAUCUCUCCUGUUGCCCCGGUUACUACGGCCAUGAGUGCUUCAAAUGCCCCGGAGGUGUUGGCAGCUGGUGCUCCAAUCACGGGGAGUGUCAGGACAGUAACCAGGGCAACGGGGAGUGCCGUUGCUUCGAGGGUUUUCACGGUACCGCGUGCGAGGACUGUGAGCCUGGACGAUACGGAGUCAACUGCACCUCCAAAUGCAUAUGUGACCGUGGCAAGUGUGAGGACGGUCUGGCAGGAAGUGGAAGGUGUGUGUGUUAUAAAGGUUGGAAAGGUGCUUCCUGCUCUAUAGAGAUCAAGGAUGAUGCCUGUGGAGGAGUGUGUGACGAGAAUGCCAACUGUAUAACAGGUCCACAGGGAACAGCUGCUGCGUGUGUGUGUGUGGCUGGAUAUGAAGGCAACGGAACUUACUGCAAAGAGCUGGAUUUGUGCAGCAGGUCUAACGGCGGUUGUUCAGAGUUUGCCAGGUGCACGAAGGUCUCCGCAGGAGAGAGGAUUUGUUCCUGUAAACAGGGUUACACCGGAGACGGGGUCAUCUGCCUGGAGAUUGACGGCUGUCUGGUCAACAAUGGAGGCUGCCACAAGUCAGCAGAGUGCAGCAGAACAGGACCCAACAUUACGGCCUGUAACUGCAAGAUGGGCUUUCAAGGAUCUGGGAGGUUUUGUUACCCUGUCAACCCCUGCAAAACUGACAAUGGCGGCUGCAGCAGGCAUGCUCGCUGUGAGUAUUUGGGUCAGGGUCAGAGGAACUGCUCGUGCCUCCGAAGCCACGUGGGUGAUGGCUUCGACUGCCGGGGAACCACCAACACUGAGCUGUCCCGACAGUCAGAAAACAACUUCUUCCGCCAAAUGUUAUUAUUAUCAGGUGUUCGUGGUCUUUAUGGUAAUGGCCCAUUCACUGUCUUCGUCCCUGCAGAGGAAACCAACAAAUACUUCUCUUUUGAGGAAUGGAACCAGUUUGGACGACUCCCUGACCUGGUUCGUUACCACGUCGUUUCCUGUGAGACUUUGACCUUGAGUGACCUGAAAACCAGUAAGCUAGCCGUCUCUACAUCGGGACACACACUUUACUUCAGCCUGCAGGAGGGCUCAGUGAUGGUAAACAACAGAUCGAGGAUCAUAAAGAGUGAUUACACCACAUCGAACGGAGUCAUUCACCACAUCGACACCGUGUUGACGCCCUACAAGCUGCAGGACAAACCCAGAAUCCAGUCUGCUGAGAUGAACUUCACCACAGCCGCGGCGUUUUAUGGCUACAGACGUUUUUACAAACUUGUGGAGGAUGCGGGGUUACUCCCUGUUCUCGAGAUGUCCAUCCACCAGCCGUACACCAUGUUCUGGCCCACAGAUGAGGCCCUGAACUCACUGUCAACUGAAAGACAGCACUGGCUCUCCAGCCCCGAACACCAAGAGCAAGUGGCUGCCCUGGUGAAGGCUCACAUCAUCCGCAACUCCAAGGUGCUGGGUGUCAGUCAGCCGGAUACAUUCUCUGCAUUUCGCACCAUGCACGGAUCCACAAUCAAGUACAACUGUGACAAGUCCCUGGUGGGGGCAGUGUGGAUUAAUGGGAAUGCAGCCAGGGUAGUGGAGCGCUACCUGACCUUCAAAGAGGGCUUGGCCUACGGCAUCGACCAGCUACUGGAACCACCGGGUCUGGGAGCGCUCUGCGACAGCAUGGAAAACAAAACCACCUAUGGGCGAUGUGGACGCUGCCUCUUCCCUCCAACCUGCCCGUUCAGCCACAAGGAAACAGGAAAAAGGGAACGUUGUACAAACCUGAGAGGUAGCUCAAGGUAUGGAUACCCACCUUGGUAUAACCUGGACAAUUCAUUCAGUCGCAUGGGCUGUAAGAGAGUUUGUGAGGUUUCUUCGUGGGUCCAAAAGUGCUGCAAAAACCACUACAGCCGAGACUGUCAAGUUUGUCCAGGUGGCCUGGAGGCUCCUUGUGGUAACCAUGGUGACUGCGACGAUGGUAUGCGUGGUUCAGGAAGAUGCAAGUGCCAUGAAGGUUUUGUUGGAACAGCCUGCGAACUGUGUGUCACCGACCACUAUGGCCCCAACUGCACAGCCUGCAGCUGCGGGCUGCAGGGACGGUGUGAUGCAGGCAUUCAGGGGUCUGGACAGUGCGUCUGUAACCCGGGCUGGAAGGGGGAUCACUGCGAGAUCAAUAUUGGCUCCAUCCCAGAAGAGUGCCUGCAGUGCCACGCUCAGGCUGACUGUGUGUCAGGUGUUGGUUGUCAGUGUAAAUCCGGGUUUCAAGGGAACGGCACCGUCUGCGAUCCAGAGCCACCUCCAAACCUCUGUGCUGAGUACAACGGAGGCUGUCACCAGAGCGCCGACUGUAACCAGACAGGGCUGAUUGUCAAUUGCACCUGCAACAGCGGUUACCAAGGAGACGGCUACUCCUGUGAGCCCAUCAACAGGUGUAUUGAAGAGAACGGAGGCUGCAGUGACUUUGCCUCCUGCAAGUUCACUGGUCCAAUCGAGCGUCAGUGCGAGUGCCUGCCAGGGUACGUGGGUAAUGGAGUCCAGUGUUUAGAGAAGGUGGUGUCCCCUGUUGACCGCUGCCUGGAAGAAAACGGUGACUGCGACCCCGUGGCCACCUGCAAGGACCUGCAUUACCAUGCCAACACAGCCGGAGUGUUCCACCUGCGCUCUCCAGACGGGAAGUACAAGAUGAACUUCAGUCAGGCCGACGCCGCAUGCAGGGCCGAGGCAGCCGUGCUGGCCAGCUUCAAACAGCUGGGAGACGCACAGCAGCUGGGGAUGCAUCUGUGUGUGGCCGGCUGGAUGGAGGGGGCGAAGGUGGGAUACCCGACCCGAUUCCCCUCGGUCAGGUGUGGAGACAACCACGUGGGCCUGGUUAUCUAUAAAGAACCUGUGGACCAGUCUAGCAUGUACGACGCCUACUGCUAUAGGCUCAAAGAUGUUUCGUGUGUGUGUCCCGCCGGCUACAUUGGAAACGGAGACUUCUGUAACGGCGUCCUGACCAGCGUGCUGGCCUCCUACAGCAACUUCUCCAUCUUUUACAAGUUGUUGUUGGACUAUAGCGGCUGGUCUACGAAGGGCAAACAGCUCGUUGACUUUAUGUCCCACAGGAAGUCGGAGGUCACGCUGUUCGUACCUCAUAAUGCUGGCUUUGCCCCAAACCAGACUCUUUCUGGUAGAGAUCUUGAGUAUCACAUCUCAGCCAAUCACAGCAGACGACCAUUUAAGGAUCUGAAGCCCCAAGAAGUCAUUCUGUCCAGGCUUGGGUUCAAUCUGAAUCUUACCUAUGGAAAAAAUGAGAGCUUUAAGCUGGUGAACAAGCGGCUGCUGUUGGACUGGGACAUUCUUGCUGUAAAUGGGAUAAUCCACGUCAUCGAGGCCCCAUUGACAGCGCCCCCUGCACCUAUUUCCCCCCGAGGCCACACCCACUCGAGUGGUACUGUGUCGGCCAUCUUGGUGUCGUUGUUGCUGAUGUGUGUGUUGGCUGGACUCGGUUACUACGUCUUCAAACACAAGACGGACGCUUUCCGCUUCCACUACUUCCGAAACGAGGAUGAGGACGGUGCUCCAGGCGGCAGGAUGAAGCCCACGCUAGUCUCGAUCCCGAACCCACUGUACAGCGGCUCCAGAGCUUUCAGCGAGCCGUUCGGGGACGCCGGACAGUCGGAGCCAGCAGAACUUGAAGAACCUCCACAGAUUUUGGACCUGGACUCAUAAAAGUAGAGUUAUCUGUUUACAAAUCGCACAUAACCUGUUGCCUUUAUCAAGCUUUUCCUCGAAUCAUCUGUAUCCAAAUAAGAAAUAAAAGAUCUCUGUUUACUUUA